AUGGGGACGUCUGACCACCACCACCAGAUAAUAAAAGCCAAACCCUAAUUCUCUCUCUCUCUCUCUCUCUCUCUCUCUCUCUCGCUCGCUUUCUCUUCGGAUCCGAUCAUCGCUCGCCAUGAAAUUCUUCAUCUGAUCUUCUUCCCUAAGCCUACAAAGAAGCCCUAAUUCUCUCCGCUGGUUUUCUGUUUUCAGGCGGUGAGGAUGUCGACUCCUGCAAGGAAGAGGCUGAUGCGGGAUUUCAAGAGGUUGCAGCAGGACCCUCCUGCAGGUAUUAGCGGUGCUCCCCAAGACAACAAUAUCAUGCUUUGGAAUGCUGUUAUAUUUGGACCUGAUGACACUCCUUGGGAUGGAGGUACGUUUAAGUUGACACUUCAGUUUACAGAGGAUUAUCCAAAUAAGCCACCAACAGUUCGGUUUGUUUCUAGAAUGUUUCAUCCAAACAUCUAUGCAGAUGGGAGUAUUUGUUUGGAUAUCCUACAGAACCAGUGGAGUCCGAUUUAUGAUGUAGCUGCAAUACUCACAUCAAUCCAGUCAUUGCUCUGUGAUCCGAACCCGAACUCACCCGCAAAUUCAGAAGCUGCACGCAUGUUCAGUGAGAACAAGCGUGAGUACAACCGUAGAGUACGAGAGAUAGUCGAGCAGAGCUGGACGGCAGACUAAUCUGCCGUAGGUUGGCUUAAUCUUCCACCAAUGUGGGACUGUUUUGAGUAAAACAUUGAUGCUUGGAAAACAUUGUAUUCCAACUUGUUUACCUUGAUGAUUAUGUAUUUGCUUGACUUUUGAGAA